AUGUCCAACUUGGAAGCUCACCGUGUCAAAUUCGCAGCUGCCCUGAAGAGCCUGGAGAGUGAGGGUGUGAACAUCUGUCGCCACGAGAAGACAGAGUGGGGCAAAGCAUCGUCCGCAGAUGGCCAAUCCUUCACGAUCGUCUUCCCCGACAUCAAUAAGAAAUUCGAGGGCAGCGCAGAUGUCAAGAUCACAUCUCCUACUUUCAAACCUGUGACCGCGCAAGUCAGCUACACCAAGGAGAGCGAGCUUACGGGCUACAGGAGGUUCAAAGUUCAUGGUGUCAACACGUGCAUCGUAAUCGUUCUCGACAACGGGGUCGUCAUUGUGAUUGAUGACAAUUCGAGCAUUGAGACCAACACUCAGGGAAGCGGCAAUUGGUCCACUGCUGAGUAA